AUGCAGGAGGAAGCCAAAAGUCCCAGCAAUGGGCAGUUUUUGAACAAGUAUACCAAGAAGGCAAUGGAGUCAAUUGCUCCUAUACUGGAAGGGUUUACACCGAAGACUUCCUCAAGUGAAAAUAUGUCUCUGAAGUUACCUCCACCGAUGCUAGAUGACAAACCGCCCAUGUAUCGUAGUGGAAGCAGCAAUUCGCACUGUGAUCUAAGCAUAGAUGAGGGUCGCAAAGAGGGUGCUGGAAAGACAAGGAGCUACUCCGCAACUGUUGCGGCCCAUGCGGUUGCUAAGAUGCGUCAAUUGGCGCUAGAAAAUCCACCAAGUAGUGAUGGCUCUGGUAACACUAGCAGGAAUGACUCUGCGGUGACUUCACCAGCAAAUACUCCAAUUACAGAACUACCUCCUCAGUCAAAUAUUCCUUCAAAUACUUCUUCUAGAAAGUCUUCUACUAGUCAAGCUAAACCAUCGCUUCCCAAGAUAGGCAAGAUUGGUGUCUGUGCUAUGGACGCAAAGGUGCUUUCCAAGCCAAUGAGACAUAUUCUAAACAGAUUAAUGGAACACGGAGAGUUUGAAACUAUUAUAUUUGGUGACAAAGUUAUCUUAGAUGAAACGAUUGAAAAUUGGCCAACUUGCGAUUUUUUGAUAUCAUUUUUCUCUUCAGGUUUCCCACUAGACAAGGCUAUAAGCUAUGUGAAGUUGAGAAAGCCUUUUAUUAUUAACGACUUGACGAUGCAAAAAGUUUUAUGGGACAGGAGACUAUGCUUAAGUAUUUUGAAUGCGUCCAAAGUUCCCACACCAAGAAGGCUUGAGAUUAGUAGAGAUGGUGGUCCCCAUGUUGAUGAUGAGCUUCACGAAAAACUGAAGAUGCUUGGCGUAGAAAUCAAACCAGUAGAGGAACCAAAUUGGCGGAUGGUAGACGAUGAUACACUAGAAGUAGGUGGUCAAAUAAUGCGCAAACCAUUUGUCGAGAAACCUGUGGAUGGUGAGGACCACAAUAUCUACAUCUAUUAUCAUUCCAAGAAUGGAGGUGGUGGUAGACGUCUUUUCCGUAAAGUUGGUAACAAAUCUUCUGAAUUUGAUCCUGCACUAUUAGCACCAAGAUUAGAAGGCUCUUAUAUUUAUGAAGAGUUUAUGGAUACUGAUAAUUUUGAAGAUGUCAAAGCCUAUACGGUCGGUGAGAAUUUCUGCCAUGCUGAAACGAGAAAGUCACCUGUUGUAGAUGGUAUUGUUAGAAGAAACACUCAUGGUAAAGAAGUCAGAUACGUUACUGAGCUAAGCAAAGAGGAAAAACAGAUGGCUAGUCGAGUAUCAAAAGCUUUUUCACAAAUGAUUUGUGGAUUUGAUCUACUACGUGUUGGCGGUAAAAGUUAUGUUAUCGAUGUCAAUGGCUUUUCUUUUGUCAAGGAUAACCAAGAAUAUUAUGACUCUUGCGCCAGAAUAUUAAAAGAAACAUUUAUUCAGGCUAAAAAGCAAAUAGAUAUCGAGAAGCAAACAUUGCCUGUAAUUCGUGAAGAAAAGAAACAAAAAUGGGUUUUCAAAGGCCUUGUUACAGUAAUAAGACAUGCUGAUAGAACCCCAAAACAAAAGUUCAAGCAUUCUUUCACCUCGCCAAUCUUUAUCUCUCUACUAAAGGGCCAUAAAGAAGAAGUUGUCAUAAGAAAGGUUAAUGAUUUGAAAAUUGUUUUGCAAGCAUUAAGGAUUGCAUUAGAAGAAAAAGCGGGAAAUCCUACUAAGAUUAAAUUGUUGGCUAAUACUCUUGAAAAAAAACUCGAAUUACCAGGUACAAAAAUUCAGCUUAAACCAGUUUUAACUCAGAACAAUGAGGUUGAAAAAGUCCAAUUUAUUCUAAAGUGGGGUGGUGAACCAACUCACUCUGCUCGCUAUCAGGCUACUGAAUUAGGUGAACAGAUGAGACAGGACUUUGACCUUUUGAAUAAGAAUAUUUUGCAGGAUAUCAAAAUCUUUUCUUCAUCAGAAAGAAGAGUUCUUGUGUCUGCUCAAUAUUGGGCUACUGCCUUGUUUGGUGCAGAUGAAUUCAGUAGCGAUGAAAUCAAUAUAAGAAAAGACCUUCUUGAUGACAGUAAUGCAGCAAAAGACAUCAUGGAUAAAGUGAAGAAGAAGUUAAAACCAUUACUAAGAGAAGGUAAAGAAACUCCACCUCAAUUUGCAUGGCCUGCAAAAAUGCCAGAGCCUUAUUUAGUUAUUAAGCGUGUUGUGGAAUUAAUGAAUUACCAUAAAAAAAUCAUGGAUCAUAAUUUUGAAACAAAAGAUGUAAGCAAGUUACAAGAAAGAUGGUGUACCUCUGAAGAUCCUGGUCUUUUUAAAGAGAGAUGGAAUAAACUUUUCAAGGAAUUUGUUUCAGUGGAGAAAGCAGAUCCAUCUAAAAUAUCUGAACUUUAUGAUACAAUGAAAUAUGAUGCUUUACACAACAGAGAGUUUUUACAGAAUAUUUUUGAUCCAGGCGAGUUAGCAAAUGAAAAUAUCUCUAAUCAUUCUUUGGUUGAUCGCUAUCCAAUUAAUGUAUUGGCUCGGAACAAUUUUAAAAUCGUCGACUCAAGCUAUGCGGCUGGUACCUCUAGUUCGAGUAAAACGAGUGUUGGAUCAUUGGGCUGGGUUUUGGAAAGUGGUAAGACUAAAGUUAACUCAGAAUCAAAAUCUGCGUCUCCUUUUGAUGGCCAGAAAUACGUUCAAUUCAGAGAACUAUAUAGACUCGCCAAAGUACUAUUUGAUUUUAUUUGCCCUAAAGAAUAUGGUAUAGAGGAUGCUGAAAAACUGGACAUUGGCUUAUUAACAUCAUUACCGUUAGCGAAGCAAAUACUAAAUGAUAUUGAUAUUAUGAAGAACAAAGAAGCCCCUGCAUGUGUUGCAUACUUCACAAAGGAAUCCCAUAUCUACACUCUAUUGAAUAUUAUUUAUGAAUCAGGUAUUCCAAUGAGAAUUGCAAGUAACGCGUUACCAGAGUUCGAUUACCUUUCACAGAUCAACUUUGAACUAUACGAAAGUACAGAUGCUAAUGAGGUGAAGUCACACUCUAUAAGAUUGAAGAUGUCUCCAGGUUGCCACACUCAGGACCCACUGGAAGUUCAACUGGACGAUAGACACUACAUAAGCUGCAUCCCUAAGAUGUCACUAACCAGACAUUUGGAUAUGGAAUAUGUGCAGCAGAAGCUCAGAAACAAAUUUAAUAGAGUCAACAUGCCAUCUAAAUUCACACCUGUCAAUAUAACCAGUCCUAAUUUAACGUUCAGAAGAGAAAGUCUCACAAAGACAACAACAAAACGCGUUAAGAGUGGCUCAGUAUCUGCCUCUGCUACUUCAUCACCACCACCAGUACCAUUAUCAUCAAAUUCUUCAUCUACCACAUCAAUCGAUAAUACUUUGGGAAAGUGA